AUGGUCCGGCCCACAGGUCCCCGCGAUCCCAUCGCCGGCCCUGAUAUCCCACAACCACCCUUCCCUCUCAAGCUCCGUGGGCCGGUAAUCAAGGGCUUUGGGCGAGGAAGUAAGGAGCUAGGCAUCCCCACAGCCAACAUCCCCCUCUCCGGCCUCAGCAUAAACGGACAUUCGGACCUCGACUCAGGCAUCUACUACGGCUUCUGCACGCUCGACCACUCCACGAUCCCGAGCUCCACAACAUCCACGACGGUCCCCAGCGCCACAGACGACAAAUCCGUGCCUUCCAAGAGCUCGUCGCACGCCGUGCUCGACCUUGAGUACGCCGCCUCGAUACCCACCACCUCGCGCUCCCCCGUGUACCCGACCGUGCUCUCCAUCGGCUACAACCCGUACUACAAAAACACAACGCGCAGCAUCGAGAUCCACAUCCUGGCCAGCUUCGACAAGGACUUCUACGGCGCCGAGCUGUCGCUCAUAAUCCUCGGCUUCAUAAGACCAGAGUACGACUACGUGAGCAAAGAUGCGCUUGUCGAGGACAUCAGGGAGGACAUACGGAUAUCGCAGCGCAGUCUGGCGCGGGAGGCGUACGAGGCGUGCAAGAGCGAUCCGUGGCUGAAGGGCGAGGGUGGGCAGGAGGCUGGGCAGUUGACGGGGCACAGUGAUGCGCGGGGAGGUUUGAACGGGGAUGGGAAGACGGUGGAGGGCGAGGGGGACGACGAGCGGGAGAACGUGAAGCUCGUGCCUGGAGACCAAGGGCAGAAGGACGAAGUAGCCAUGAGCGCGAUGCCGAGUUAG